UCAAUAACGACAAAAACAUUAAAUAAAAUUAGAUAAUUUAAUAAUUUCACGUUAAUUAAGCUUUGAUUUGCAUUAGAAAACAUUACAAUGAGCAGAAAGGAAGAAACUAAAGUAUAUCAGCUAGAAGAUUUAAGUUCUUUAGUUGAAAAUGUUCCAGAAAAACUGCAAGAUGCUGUAACUCAAAUUCAUUAUGGGAUUUUGUGUCAUGAAGCGUACAAUAAUUGUAGUUAUGUCUGGUCCAAAGAUGAUUUCGAGCUUGGAACGCCAUUAGGAAAAGGAAAAUUCGGACGUGUUUAUAUUGCUAGAGAGAAGAAAACCAAGUUUCUUGUUGCCAUGAAGAUCCUCUUUAAAUCAGAACUGGUUAAAGGUCGUGUUGAAAAGCAAGUUCUUCGAGAACUCGAGAUCCAGUCGAGAUUAAAGCAUCCAAACAUCCUCAGAUUGUUUAAUUGGUUCUAUGAUGAUCGUAAAAUUUAUAUAGCUCUUGAAUUGGCGAGUGAAGGUGAACUGUACAGACAUUUAAAGGCCUCGCCUCACGGGAGAUUUAAUGAGCGUAGAGCAGCUAAGUACACCUAUCAAGUUGCCGAUGCUCUUCAUUACUGCCAUUUAAACAAUGUUAUUCAUCGAGAUUUAAAGCCUGAGAAUUUGCUUCUUACUGGCGAUGACAAUAUAAAACUUGCUGAUUUUGGAUGGUCUGCACAUACGCUUUCAAAUAAACGUAAGACAAUGUGUGGAACCUUGGAUUAUUUGCCACCAGAAAUGGUUGAAAGCAAGUCAUACGACGAUACAGUUGAUCAAUGGUGCUUAGGAGUUUUGUGCUAUGAAUUUCUGGUUGGGAGUCCUCCAUUCGAGUCAGAAGAUUCUGAAAAGACUUAUGCUAAAAUUAGACGAAUUGAAGUUCAUUAUCCAAGAUACGUUACACAAGGUGCACGAGAUCUCAUUUCAAAGCUACUCAAACCAAAUGGAUUGAGAAUAUCAUUAAGAGAAGUUAUGGUUCAUCCGUGGAUAAAAGAGAAUAAGAAAAAGCAAUUGGACGAGACAUUUACAGCCGUUUAAGAAUUAAUUUUGUGUUAAUUAAUCCAGUAAACAGUUACAACUUUGUAUCCAAAUUAGCAUAUAUUAUGUAAAAAGCCAGCAGUUCCAUUUUUCCGUUAAUGUUCAAACAAAUGUAAAGGGCGCUCUCUAUGCUGAAAAAACAUUGUAAAACAUUCAAUUCUCGCUCUCAGCACUCUCAUUUUCCUCUCAGUCAAGUCAGUCUCGUUUUGCAUUUUAGACUUGAAACAACUGCUUAUUUUUUUAUCUGCAUAUUAUAUUCCUAUUAUUUUCUACACAAUUUAUUUUACACACAAUUUUAAUUUCGUCUAAAA